AUGUCUACCUUUGAAUAUUCCCAUUUUCGCUCUGAGGCCGAGCUGCGUGCCGGUGUCCUUAUUUGGCAGAUAGUGUCACCAGUUUUAAUUAUUUUUGGAACAGUUGGUAAUGUGCUAUCAAUCAUUGUAUUGUCAAAACGAAAGUUCAAUCGAUGGGCGUCAACAGUUUAUCUACUCGGGCUAGCGGUCGCCGAUUUGUUUGCGUUGUAUGUAGGACUGAUGAGACAAUGGAUAAAAUACUUGUUUGACAGUGAUAUCAGGGCAGUUCAUCCAGUUCUAUGUAAGGUACACUGGUGGCUGAUGUACACGUGCGCUGAUGUGCCCGUUUGGAUUUUGACGGCUAUAACAAUAGAAAGACUUAUUUCUACCCUUUGUCCGUACAAAAGCAAGACAAUCUGCACAAAACAUCGUGCAAAGGUAAUUCUUGCAUUGAUAGUGGUAGGUGCAUUGUCAAUUAAUUCGCAUUUGCUUUAUGGUUUUGGCAAACUUGAGAUUUCUGGUCCUAAUGUGACCAUAAUUAUUCCAUGUGCACCCAUGACGGAUGAAUACGAUCACUUUUUCGGAAAGGUUUGGACGUGGAUUGACCUGUGUAAAUAUUCUUUGCUCCCUUUUGCUUUGCUGAGUACAGGAAAUAUUUGCAUAAUAUACAAACUGGCGUCAAGUAGUCGAAAAGUAAGAACUCAAGUAGCACCAUCAACGUCUCAAACACAGGCGCCAUCUGGGAAUGAAAGAACAUCUAAUAUGUCAGUUCUUCUUGUGUGUCUUAAUUUUGUUUUCAUAACAUGUACAGCCCCUGUAUGUAUAUAUUUCAUUGGAGAACCUUACUGGAUUCCAAAAGAUGUACCAAGGACUAUUCAACUCCAAGAUCCAUGGUGGGCUAUUGUCAACAUGUUAAUGUAUAUAAAUAACUCUGCAAACUUUGUUCUUUAUUGCUUGACAGGAUCCCGAUUUCGUGAAUCUGUCCGAAAACUCUUCAGGUGUCAUGAUAAAACUAGCCGUGGUAUACCUACAGUGGCAGGAAACACAACAAUCAACACGAGAUCAGUGGUUUUGUAAACAUUUUAGAGACAUGAAAUGAGUAAAUCAAUGUAAAGUAUAUACAAACCUUACUUCAUUACAAACUGUAAUUUAAUGUACAAUUUUCCGUGUAAUAUUCUCCAAACUUAGCCAGUGUCAGAAAUUUGUCAAAACAAUAGUAAAUGAAAAGUACACAGUUUAGGAUGUUGAAAAUCACUUCACAAUCAUAAUUUGCUGCUCUGUGAACAGACAAUUGCCAGAGAUAAAAUUAUGAGAGCGUCUGAAACAUUUUAUCAAAAGUAUGUUGGGCUCACCCAUCAGUACGUUUUUGUGUUAAAUUUAAUCAAUGACGUGACAAUUUCAAGUGCUGCUACCGAAGCAAACUUUGAAUUGGUAUAUUCUAGCUUUAACAGUAAACUG